AUGAGGGGCUCCGAGCCCCGGGGUGCGGGACUCCUGCGGACCCCAGGUAGCAGCGCGGACACUGCCCGCGCCCAGGUGUCCCUGGCCGGCUGCUACUCCGCACCUCGCCGGGCCCCCCUGUGGACUUGCCUUCUUCUGUGCGCCGCACUCCGGACCCUUUUGGCCAGCCCCAGCAACGAAGUGAAUUUACUGGAUUCACGCACUGUCAUGGGGGACCUGGGAUGGAUUGCUUUCCCAAAAAAUGGGUGGGAAGAAAUUGGUGAAGUUGAUGAGAACUAUGCCCCUAUUCACACAUACCAAGUAUGCAAGGUGAUGGAACAGAAUCAGAAUAACUGGCUUUUGACAAGUUGGAUCUCCAACGAAGGUGCUUCCAGAAUCUUCAUAGAACUCAAAUUUACUCUGCGGGAUUGCAACAGUCUUCCUGGAGGAUUGGGGACCUGCAAGGAAACAUUUAACAUGUAUUACUUUGAGUCAGAUGAUGAGAAUGGGAGAAACAUGAAGGAAAACCAAUAUAUCAAAAUUGAUACCAUUGCUGCUGAUGAAAGCUUUACAGAACUUGAUCUUGGUGACCGAGUCAUGAAACUGAACACAGAGGUCAGAGAUGUGGGGCCUCUGAGCAAAAAGGGAUUUUAUCUUGCUUUCCAAGAUGUCGGUGCUUGCAUUGCUCUGGUUUCUGUGCGUGUGUACUAUAAGAAAUGCCCAUCCGUGGUACGACACUUGGCCGUCUUCCCUGACACCAUCACCGGAGCGGAUUCUUCACAGUUGCUUGAGGUUUCAGGCUCCUGUGUCAAUCAUUCGGUGACAGAUGAUCCUCCCAAAAUGCACUGCAGCGCAGAAGGGGAGUGGCUGGUGCCCAUUGGAAAAUGCAUGUGCAAGGCGGGAUAUGAAGAGAAAAAUGGUACCUGUCAAGUGUGCAGACCUGGGUUCUUCAAAGCCUCACCUCACAGCCAGAGCUGCAGCCAAUGUCCACCUCACAGUUACACCCAUGAGGAAGCUUCAACCUCUUGUGUCUGUGAAAAGGAUUAUUUCAGGAGGGAGUCUGACCCGCCCACAAUGGCAUGCACAAGACCCCCCUCAGCUCCUCGGAAUGCCAUCUCAAAUGUUAAUGAAACUAGUGUCUUUCUGGAAUGGAUUCCGCCUGCUGACACUGGUGGAAGGAAAGAUGUGUCAUAUUAUAUUGCAUGCAAGAAGUGCAACUCCCAUGCAGGUGUAUGUGAGGAGUGUGGCGAACAUGUCAGGUACCUCCCCCGGCAAAUCGGCCUGAAAAACACCUCUGUCAUGAUGGUGGAUCUGCUCGCUCACACAAACUAUACGUUUGAGAUUGAGGCAGUGAAUGGAGUGUCCGACUUGAGCCCUGGCACCCGGCAGUAUGUGUCUGUAAAUGUAACCACAAACCAAGCAGCUCCUUCUCCAGUCACCAAUGUGAAAAAAGGAAAGAUUACAAAAAACAGCAUCUCUUUGUCUUGGCAAGAGCCAGAUCGUCCCAAUGGAAUCAUCCUGGAAUAUGAAAUAAAGUAUUUUGAAAAGGACCAAGAAACGAGCUACACAAUUAUCAAAUCCAAAGAGACAACUAUUACGGCCGAGGGCUUGAAACCAGGUUCAGUGUAUGUCUUCCAAAUUCGAGCACGUACAGCAGCAGGCUAUGGUGUCUUCAGUCGACGAUUUGAGUUUGAAACCAUCCCAGUGUUUGCAGCAUCCAGUGAUCAAGGCCAGAUUCCAAUCAUUGCUGUGUCUGUGACAGUGGGAGUCAUUCUUCUGGCAGUGGUUAUUGGUUUCCUUCUUAGUGGAAGUUGCUGCGAAUGUGGCUGUGGGAGGGCUUCUUCCCUGUGCGCUGUUGCCCAUCCAAGCCUAAUAUGGCGGUGUGGUUACAGCAAAGCAAAGCAAGACCCAGAAGAGGAGAAGAUGCAUUUCCAUAAUGGGCACAUUAAACUGCCAGGCGUGAGGACCUACAUUGACCCACACACCUAUGAAGAUCCCAGUCAAGCUGUCCAUGAGUUUGCCAAAGAGAUAGAAGCCUCGUGCAUCACUAUCGAAAGAGUGAUUGGAGCAGGUGAAUUUGGUGAAGUUUGUAGUGGACGUCUGAAAUUACCAGGAAAAAGAGAAUUACCUGUGGCGAUUAAAACCCUAAAAGUAGGCUAUACUGAAAAGCAACGCAGAGAUUUCCUAGGUGAAGCAAGUAUCAUGGGUCAGUUUGAUCAUCCUAACAUCAUCCAUCUCGAAGGUGUUGUGACCAAAAGUAAACCAGUGAUGAUAGUGACAGAGUAUAUGGAAAAUGGCUCUUUAGACACAUUUUUAAAGAAAAACGAUGGCCAGUUCACAGUGAUUCAGCUUGUUGGCAUGCUGAGAGGCAUAGCUGCAGGAAUGAAGUACCUUUCUGACAUGGGCUACGUGCAUAGAGACCUUGCUGCUAGAAACAUCUUAAUCAACAGUAACCUUGUGUGCAAGGUGUCUGACUUCGGGCUUUCCAGAGUCCUGGAAGACGAUCCUGAGGCAGCCUACACCACAAGGGGAGGCAAAAUCCCAAUCAGAUGGACUGCCCCUGAAGCAAUAGCUUUCCGCAAGUUCACCUCUGCCAGUGAUGUCUGGAGCUACGGAAUUGUAAUGUGGGAAGUUGUGUCUUAUGGAGAGAGACCCUACUGGGAAAUGACCAAUCAAGAUGUGAUUAAGGCAGUCGAGGAAGGCUACCGUCUGCCAAGCCCCAUGGAUUGCCCUGCUGCUCUCUAUCAAUUAAUGCUGGAUUGCUGGCAGAAAGAACGGAAUAGCAGGCCCAAGUUUGAUGAUAUAGUUAACAUGUUGGACAAGCUGAUCCGCAACCCAAGUAGUUUGAAGACGCUGGUCAAUGCAUCAAGCAGAGUAUCUAAUUUGUUGGCAGAGCAUGGUUCUCUAGGCUCUGGAGCCUACAGGUCAGUAGGUGAAUGGCUAGAAGCAAUCAAGAUGGGCCGGUACACAGAGAUUUUCAUGGAAAAUGGAUACAGUUCAAUGGACGCUGUGGCUCAGGUGACCUUGGAGGAUUUGAGACGGCUUGGAGUGACUCUUGUGGGUCACCAGAAGAAGAUCAUGAACAGCCUUCAAGAAAUGAAGUUGCAGCUGGUCAACGGGGUGGCGCCAUUGUAA